AUGAUGGAUUCUAUUCUACCACCAAUACCAAUUUCACUCUACGACUUUUUCGGAUCAAUUUGGAUAAUACCUGGAACAAUUGGAUCAAUUAUUGGAGAUCCUCUCGUUUGUUAUUUGGCCUAUAUUCUCUCACCUAAGGUUAAAAAUCAAGAUGCCUCUGGUCCUGUUCGUAUCCGAUGGCCAAUUGUUACAUUCAUGUUACAAAUUAUUUUCGGUUUGAUUAGGACUGGAUUAUUCUUUCUUUUAGUUUUUUGGACAAGGUACUAUUGUUUGGAACAUAAUGUACGUGGAGUUUUCAAUGGAUUCAUUCCGGAGGAUGAUGAUGCAGAUGAGGAUGAAAUUAAUAAGAGAAUGUAUGAAAAUAGUGCCAAUGCUGCUUUUGGAUUUAUCAAGAUGCACUUUUUCAUUAUGAAUUUUGCCAGCUCUUAUAUUGGUCAUGUAAUUUCAUCAGCAAAGACUGGUUAUGUUGCCAAUCCAAUGGCUGAUCAAAUGGCCGAUCAACCUAAUAAUGCCAUUCCACCAGAAAUGAUGAAACUCGAUCUGAAUUUAAUUUGUCAUGCAGCCUCAGUUGUCAUUUAUGUUUAUAUUGUAUUGAUAUUUGUUUGGUCUGUUAUUGGAUUAUCAACUGCAUUAAUGGUUGCUGUUGUUCAUAUUGCAUUAAUUUUAGUAAUUUAUAGAAAUGUUGUCAAGAUGAUUAUUAAUACUGUUAAAAAACUCUUUUCUAAUAAGACUGAUUAA